UUUGCUAUUUAUAAACACCAAUUGGAAGAAGAAAGCUCCAUUGUCUUUAAUCAAACAAAACCCAUCUCCACUUUUCAGAUUCCCCAAACAUUAGAAAACGCACACAAGACUUGGAUAAAAACUUCAUCUUUCGUCCAAAUCGGUGAUCAUCAUCGUCUCUCAUACUUGACUCCAGACGAAAUCCCUUUGUUUGACAAAGAUUUGAUCGAGACUACGAGAAGACAAAACCCGUUGAAGCAAUCCAGGAAUCGAAAAGAUGGGUCUAUCAAGCCUUCCUGGUCCAUCAGAAGGAAUGCUAUGCGUGAUAUUAGUCAACACAGCAUUAUCAAUCUCCAUCUUCAAAGGCAUUGUCAGAUCAGUCCUUCACGUAUUAGGAAUCCGUCUCUCUCAGUCUUCGUCUUCCCCUUCUUCAGUAACUGCAUCUUCAGAGAUCCCAGCUUCAGAGCCAUUUGAUUUCCGUGUCUCCCACCCGGAGAGUUUCCUCGAGGAGUUUAGGAACAAGACUCCAACUCUGAGGUACGAGAGCUUGUGCAGGUGCAAGAAACACGAGGACAACGAGUGCUCGGUUUGCUUGUCGAAAUUUGAAGAGGAUUCAGAGAUUAACAAGCUGAAAUGUGGACACUUGUUUCACAAAACGUGCUUGGAGAAAUGGAUAGACUAUUGGAACAUCACUUGCCCACUGUGUAGGACUCCUCUUGUUGUUGUGGCAGCAGCAGAAGACCAGAAGCAGCUUUCUUCUAAUGUUUGGUGACUUACUUUUCUUUUCGUUGUUUGUGUACAGCUUACUACUUUUUUACUAUGAAUUUAGGCUGCGUCGCGGUUAAUUUCUUCAACAGAUUUAAACCGGGGAUGGGAUAAUCUGAUGUACAUAUCCUGUGAGUUAUAUAUAUACCAAUGUGUAAUGGAGCUCUUGUUUGAACAUAUUGUUGAUGAAUCUAUGUAUGUGUGUGUGUGUGUGUUGACAAGGAGUCAAGGAUUAAGAGCUCAGGUUUACAAAAAGUUAU